CCAGUGCCGGGGGCGCGGGAGCGUGCGCGCGCGAACUCAUUGGGAAGCAGUCGGAGCUCUGGCGGCGUGCGCGCGCGUUGUAUUGCGCGCGGCCAUAAGUCCCCGGAGCUGUGCGGGAAUGCACGCAGCAGCCCUCCGUUUAGGCAUUGGCCAAGUCCCGAGGGAGAUGUUCUCUGAGGUCCCUCUCGCCUCAGGCCUGGGCGCAUGGUGCAGGAUCCUGAGCGCCCAGGAUCCAGUUUCAAGUCUCGGCCCUUGGUCCCCAGCUCCAGGAAGAGGGUCCCACAAAGCUAUUGUGCUCUGCCGGGCAGGGGCUGGGGUGAGGGCUCCUGGACUUCGCCGGAUCGCGCCCGGUCUCCAUUAGGUUCCGGUCUUGGAGCUGAGGGCGAGGGUCCCAUCUGUACUGCCAUCAAUUAUAUAUCAUGUAUAGGUUUUGUACACUGCAAGCGUAGAAAAUGCAGUUAUGUGCCAUGUAUGUGGAGGUAUAUGCGCUGGGUACCUCCACGUGUGUACUGUGCACACAGGUAUCUAGGUAGAUGCACAUCUACACGUCUACAUGCCCGCGCAGUGCAGAGGAGGUAACCCAAGUGCAUGUAUGUGACAGGUGAACAGGCAUGUACACUGCGUAGUCAUCCCUGUGCAGACUUGCCGCCUUCGGGUUGUGGCCAAACCUUCAAGCACCCAGUAGAGGUUUAGACACUACCUAGGAGACGGGGGCGGGGGUUCUAAGGCACCCCCCUCCAAUCCAGUUACCAUUAAGAUCAUUUGCAUCACAUUUACAUCCAGCCCUGGGCCUUGGAGGUUGAGGAUGGUCCCUUGGGUCCCAAGACAAGCUGCCCCUCAGAGGCUCUCAGCGCCCAGGGGACAGGGGGUGGAGCCCUUUGCACAGCCGUGCAGUGCAGCUGGGGCAGGAAGCGAGAGUGGGGAGGAGGGAGGCCACAGCCCGCGGAGGCAAGGCGGGUGCAGGGCUUCUGGGGACAGAGGGAGGUGCCAGAACUUGAGCCCUGAGGCCCUGCUGGCCCCUGGGCGCAGGCCCAGCUCCGGCCCCCAGGGAUGGACCUCGUGGAUCCGGACAUUUUCAAUAGAGACCCCCGGGACCACUACGACCUGCUGCAGCGACUGGGUGGCGGCACAUAUGGGGAAGUCUUUAAGGCUCGAGACAAGGCGACAGGGGACCUGGUGGCACUGAAGAUGGUGAAGAUGGAGCCUGAUGAUGAUGUCUCCACCCUUCAGAAGGAAAUCCUCAUAUUGAAAACUUGCCGGCACGCCAACAUCGUGGCCUACCAUGGGAGUUAUCUCUGGUUGCAGAAACUCUGGAUCUGCAUGGAAUUCUGUGGGGCUGGUUCUCUCCAGGACAUCUACCAAGUGACAGGCUCCCUGUCAGAGCUCCAGAUUAGCUAUGUCUGCCGGGAGGUGCUCCAGGGACUGGCCUAUCUGCACUCACAGAAGAAGAUACACCGAGACAUCAAGGGAGCUAACAUCCUCAUCAAUGAUGCUGGGGAGGUCAGAUUGGCUGACUUUGGCAUCUCGGCCCAGAUCGGGGCAACGCUGGCCAGACGCCUCUCUUUCAUUGGGACACCCUACUGGAUGGCUCCAGAAGUGGCAGCCGUGGCCCUGAAGGGAGGAUACAAUGAGCUGUGUGACAUUUGGUCCCUGGGUAUCACGGCCAUCGAACUGGCCGAGCUACAGCCACCGCUCUUCGAUGUGCACCCUCUCAGAGUUCUCUUCCUCAUGACCAAGAGUGGCUACCAGCCUCCCCGAAUGAAGGAAAAAGGCAAAUGGUCCGCUGCCUUCCACAACUUCAUCAAAGUCACCCUGACUAAGAGCCCCAAGAAACGACCCAGCGCCACCAAGAUGCUCAGUCAUCAACUGGUAUCCCAGCCUGGGCUGAAUCGAGGCCUGAUCCUAGAUCUUCUUGACAAACUGAAGAAUCCUGGGAAAGGACCCUCCAUUGGGGACAUUGAGGAUGAGGAGCCCGAGCUACCCCCUGCUAUCCCUCGGCGGAUCAGAUCCACCCACCGCUCCAGCUCUCUGGGGAUCCCAGAUGCAGACUGCUGUCGGCGGCACAUGGAGUUCAGGAAGCUCCGAGGAAUGGAGACCAGACCCCCAGCCAACACCGCUCGCCUACAACCCCCCCGAGACCUCAGGAGCAGCAGCCCCAGGGAGCAACAGUCAGAGUCUUCCGACGAUGACUAUGACGACGUGGACAUCCCCACCCCUGCAGAGGACACACCUCCUCCACUUCCCCCCAAGCCCAAGUUCCGUUCUCCAUCAGACGAGGGUCCUGGGGGUAUGGGGGAUGAUGGGCAGCUGAGCCCGGGGGUGCUGGUCCGGUGUGCCAGUGGUCCCCCACCACACAACCCCCGUCCUGGGCCUCCCCCAUCCACCAGCAGCCCCCAUCUCACCGCCCAUUCAGAACCCUCACUCUGGAACCCACCCUCCCGGGAGCUCGACAAGCCCCCACUCCUGCCCCCCAAGAAGGAAAAGAUGAAGAGAAAGCUUUACAGAAGGGUCAGAGCUGGGGCCACAGUGUCAGUGUUUGAGGUCAGGUGGGGAUCUGGGAGGUCCCCGAGGAUGAAGUCGGUCCCAGGGUCCUUGUCUGUGCCUCCAGACCAGCACCUGCUCCUGGGGGCAGAGGAAGGCAUCUUCAUCCUGAACCGGAAUGACCAGGAGGCCACGCUGGAGAUGCUCUUUCCUAGCCGGACUACGUGGGUGUACUCCAUCAACAACGUUCUCAUGUCUCUCUCAGGAAAGACCCCCCACCUGUAUUCUCAUAGCAUCCUGGGCCUGCUGGAACGGAAAGAGACCAGAGCAGGAAACCCCAUCGCUCACAUUAGCCCCCACCGCCUACUGGCAAGGAAGAACAUGGUUUCCACCAAGAUCCAGGACACCAAAGGCUGCCGGGCGUGCUGUGUGGCGGAGGGUGCGAGCUCUGGGGGCCCGUUCCUGUGCGGGGCAUUGGAGACGUCCGUUGUCCUGCUUCAGUGGUACCAGCCCAUGAACAAAUUCCUGCUCGUCCGGCAGGUGCUGUUCCCACUGCCGACGCCUCUGUCCGUGUUCGCGCUGCUGACCGGGCCAGGCUCUGAGCUGCCCGCUGUGUGCAUCGGCGUGAGCCCCGGGCGGCCGGGGAAGUCGGUGCUCUUCCACACGGUGCGCUUUGGCGCGCUCUCCUGCUGGCUGGGCGAGAUGAGCACCGAGCAUAAGGGACCAGUGCAGGUGACCCAGGUAGAGGAGGAUAUGGUGAUGGUGUUGAUGGACGGCUCUUUGAAGCUGGUGACCCCGGAGGGGUCCCCAGUUCGGGGACUUCGCACACCUGAGAUCCCCAUGACCGAAGCGGUGGAGGCCGUGGCUAUGGUUGGAGGUCAGCUUCAGGCCUUCUGGAAGCAUGGAGUGCAGGUGUGGGCUCUAGGCUCGGAUCAGCUGCUACAGGAGCUGAGAGACCCUACCCUCACUUUCCGUCUGCUUGGCUCCCCCAGGCCUGUAGUGGUGGAGACACGCCCAGUGGAUGAUCCUACUGCUCCCAGCAACCUCUACAUCCAGGAAUGAGUCCCUAGGGGGGUGUUAGGAACUAGUCCUUGCACCCCCCUCCCCCACAGACGCACUAGUGGUCAUGGCAUGUCCUCUUCUCCCAAUAAACGUGACUUCAGCCUC